AUGGAGUUUUGGCAAGCAGCCCAAUGGACCUUACGCAUUGUGCUUCCCAUCAUCUUGUUUAUCCUCUGGAGCAAGUUCCAGUCUGGCAACGAGGGUCCCUCCGGCUACCCCGGGCCAACGAAGAACGUCUGCUCCCGGGGCAAGAUCCUGUCGAGGCGAAAGCUCGUCGAUCCAGAGGACAAGCCACAGACGCUGGCGAACCUCUGCAUGAAGUCCCAGGAGCAGGCGCCCGAGCUCUUCGUCAACGGGUCUCGCCCCGGGCGCGGCGGCGGCGGCGGCGGCGGCAGGGACCGCGAGAGGAAGCCCCGGGGCGACCGCGACCGCGAGCAAGGCGGCGAACAAGGCGGAGGGCAGGGCGAGAAGCGCGAGAAGCGCGAGAAGCGCGAGAAGAAGAUCGAGAAGGAAAACGACGAGGAGAGCAAGAGCGAAGCUGCAGCGGCCCCUGUCCCCUCCACCUCGGAGAAGAAGAUGAACUUGGAGUCCCUGCUGAACUACGUCGCGUUCAACAGGACUGGGUCAG